AUGACUCGUUAUUCGUCACGCCGUGACACUAGGACAAAAUUCACUUAUAUGUCACCGAUCUUGUUGGUUAAAGUCAAUACUUUUAAAAAAAUUGGUGUUAUGGCAGACAAACAAAGAGGACGUCCGCCUAAAGGCAAUAAGGGUUUAUUUACAAAAGACUUACGUUUAUUAAUGUAUGGGUUUGGAGAUGAACCCGACCCAGCACCUGAUACAGUGAACGUAAUGGAAGAACUUGUAAAUGAUUAUAUUACUGAAAUGUGUUUGAAAGCAUCAAAGGUAGCUAAAGAUCGUAAAGUUACUGUUGAUGAUUUUAAAUUUAUUUUAAGAAAUGAUCCGAAAAAACUUGCGCGUGUUGAAGAAUUAUUAUUUAUGGAAAAAGAUAUUAAGACUGCAAGAAAAACUUUUGACGUCAAUGAAAUUGAAAAUUAA